AUGAAUACCAAUGACAUAGAAAUGACUGAGAUAAAUUCAUGUGAAGACAACCCUUCAGUUGUCACGAAUACCAACUUCGGUGAUGAUCCUUUCGGUGAAUUGCAAACAUCUGGCACAUGGCUGCUUUUGGUUGGAGGCAUUCUUGACCUUGGCUUACGUUUUGACUUUGUCUUGUCAGGCUCUUCAGGUGCUUGCUCCAGAAUGUUUAAACUGGGUGGCUAA